AUGGAUGAAAGCUUGAGAAGUGCUGCUCAAGAAGGAAGUGUUAGUGACUUGUAUACAUUAAUUCAGAGAAAUGGAAAUGUUUUGAAGCGCUUCAAUGAGGUCGAGUUUAUCGUCACGACGUUGCAUAUAGCUGCAUCAAAAGGGUGCAUGCGGUUCGCAAUGGAGAUGAUCAGCUUAAAGCCAUCGUUCGCUAGGAAGCUAAACCAACAAGGUUUAAGCCCCGUUCACCUCGCGGUCGAGAAAGGGCACGCAGAGACGGCGCUACGUCUCUUGGAAAUCGAUAGUGAUCUCUCUCACGUCAACGGGAAGGACGGUGAGACCCCCCUGCACUACAUUAGUGAAGUCGGAAACCAUGACGGUUUGCUUGAUAGAUUUCUAGGGGCCUGCCCUGACAGUAUCCUGGAUGUUACGACUCGAAAUCACACUGCUUUGCAUAGAGCGGUGGAAAAUGAAAGAUUGGAUGUUCUCCGAGUCCGAAUCGAAUCACCGGAAAGUGGUGAAUCGGAAGGACGAGGACGGAAACACUGCACUGCACAUAGCUGCCAGCAAUAA